AACUCAACUUACAGUCUGGUCAAACUGUUUGUUCUAUUUCUGUCUGUUAUCAGGCAAUGUUUUCACAGGAGCUGAGCCAAGAGCCCCGAGGAGCAUUAUGGGAAAGGCUGAGAUAAGCGGAAGUGUACAGUGAAAGUCUCCUGACGUUUGUUUAUAAUCAGCGAUGGAUCUCAAGGAGAAAACGAUCGCGUCGUUGAAGAAACACGCCGGCGGCGACGCGUUUCCCCGGUUACCGGCAACCCUUCCUAAAGCGUCGGUGCUGAUCCCGCUGUUGCUGAGACACGGAGAGGUGCACGCGCUCAUGACCGUGCGCUCCGUCCACCUCAAGCGGCACGCAGGAGAAGUGUGUUUCCCGGGAGGAAUGUCUGAGCCCGGCGACACGGAUGAAACACACACGGCUCUGAGAGAAGCUCAGGAGGAGAUCGGCCUUCCUCCACACUCCGUGCAGGUCGUCUGCAGACUCUUCCCCGUCCUAAACCAGGCCGGGCUCCUGAUCACUCCGGUCGUGGCUUUCAUCGAGAGCUCGUUCGUGCCCCGUCCCAACGCAGACGAAGUCAGCGAGGUGUUCACUCUUCCUCUGGAGUUCUUCACUAAAGAGGCGGAUCACUCCUGCUAUCCGGUGCCCAGCGCCUUCGGCCCCACACACAGCUUCCUGUUCACGGACCCCCGCACCGGACACGUGCACCAGAUCUGGGGUCUGACCGCGGCUCUGGCCGUGACCGUCGCGGCUCUCGCCCUCGGGAAGGAGCCGGAGUUCGAGCUCGGCUUCGACUUGAGCGACCCGGCUUCUGCCUUUAAAGACUUUCUGAAUCGCAGGUUGAGCAAGUUAUGAAAGCCUCAGAUUCAGUGUUUCUGAGGAGCAAGGUCAUUCUUCAAUUAUUUUUAUAAGUUACAAUGAGCAGAAUUAUUAUCGUUAAAACAUGACAAACUAUUCCACACUUUUGACCAGUAGUGUUUAUGCAAUAAUAUAUUAGAUUUAAUACAGACACCCUGAGAUUUAAAUAUUUCAUUCAAUGUUUCUACUGGUGACUAAAGUGAAAAUAUCAGUAAAACUUAUAUGAAAAUUAAAGAUGUUGCCUUGUCAACUACCUGAAAUAAACUAAGUUUAUUUAAAGUGCUAAAAAUGUAAUCAAAUCAAAUGACAACUAAAUGGAAUUACUAACAAUGACACAAGCUCCUAAAAUGACUAAAUGCAUUCUAAUGCAAACUAAAAGUAUAAUUCAAAAUGUAUGUUUUUAAAUAUAUUCAAUGCAUGUUAACAGGUCUCAAUGUCAGUAAAUCGUCACAUGACGGAUAAACAAAUAUUUAUGUUCUUUUAAAACAAGCCUGUUUAUUUUAUUAUACGAUUGUUUAUUUUAAUUUUAUAUGUUUUUCUAUUUCGUUCAUCAACUCCUGAACCUCCUGCAAUCUCACAAAUCAAACUCUUCACGUUCUGCGUUUUUCCAUUCGUCCACUAGAGGUCGGCACAUCAUCACGUGCAUACACUGAGUCUGGGCAUUUUAUGUUUUAGAAUUAACAAUUAAAUAUAAUCAUAUUACAAUGUUUUAUUGGCUAUUCUGUUUCACUAGUAAAAAAUAUGAGAGACUUUAAAUCUAUACAUGAAUAAAAGAGAAUGCACAGAA